AUGAACAAGACUUUACACAGGGCACUUGACAACAGGUCCAUUGCCACGACAAAUCGACUCUAUAAGCCACAACGUACAUCUAGCUGGCAUCAUACAAUGACAAAGCUCACUGCAGACAAGAAGCUCAAUGAUGAUGAAUUGCUCGCUUUGGCUGGUUACAAACACGAGCUGGUUCGUCAGUUUGGUCCGUUCAACAUGAUUGGUGUUGCCUUCUCGAUCAUGUCUGUGCUUCCCUCCAUUGCAAGUGUCAUGGGCCAGAUCUACACGGUGAAUAACGCAAGUAUAUGGGGGUGGACCAUUGCCUCUUGUUUAAUCUUUUGCGUUGGUGUUUGUAUGAGUGAAUUGGCCUCUGCAAUCCCAACUGCUGGUGGGUUGUACUACUGGACUUAUCACUACGCACCAGACUCAAUCCGUAUCCCAGUUUCGUUCUUGGUGGGCAACACCAACACCAUUGCCUUGGCCAGUGGGCUGUGUUCCAUCGAUUAUGGGUUCGCCAAGGAGCUGUUAUCCAUCGUGUAUAUCGCCAAAGAUGGCGAUUUCAACAUCACCAGGGGUAUUGUCUAUGGUGUGUAUGCUGCAUGUAUCGUUUCACACAUUGCAACGGCAUGUAUUGCAUCAUAUGGUAUUGCCAAAUUACAGUCUCUCUCCGUGAUUUGUAAUGUUGCCCUGGUUGUGCUGUUCAUCUUUACAAUGCUGAUUGGAACUGACAAGAAGAACGAUGCCAAGUUUGUCUUUGGAACAAUAGAAAACUUGAGUGACUGGAAUACAGGUUGGUCCUGGGUCAUGAACGGAUUGAUGCCUGCUGUGUGGACCAUUGGGGCAUUCGACUCUUGUGUUCAUAUGUCAGAGGAAGCGUACGACGCAACAAAGAACGUUCCAAUCGGAAUCAUGGGAUCCAUCGCUGCCACUGGUAUUCUUGGUUGGUUAAUCAUCAUGGUUUGCUCCUUCUGCAUCAACCCGGAUUUGGCAAGUGUCAUUGAUACAGAUUCUGGUCAACCAAUGGCACAGUUGAUCUACGAUUCUUUGGGUAAACAUUGGGCCAUCGCUUUCAUGGUUAUGAUUUGCUACUGCCAAUGGCUUAUGGGCGCAUCCAUUAUCACAGCAACAUCUCGUCAAGCUUGGGCUUUUGCUCGUGAUAACGGACUCCCAUUCUCCUCUAUAAUCAAAGUGGUUAAUUCAAAGUUGAAGGUUCCAAUUAGAGCAAUUGUCUUCUCUGGUACUUUGGCGCUGAUCAUUGGCCUCUUAUGCUUGAUUAACGACACUGCAGCUAACGCUGUGUUCACUUUAACAGUGUGUGGUAAUUACUUCGCAUGGCAAUCCCCAAUUAUCCUCAGAAUGUAUCUACGUUUCAAACCAGGCCCUUUCUACUUAGGUGAUAUCCUUUCGCCAAUUGUCAACAUCCUCUCCAUUUUCUUCACAGUAUUCGUCAUUAUAAUGGCAAUGUUCCCAUCGGAGCCAACUGUGGAUAAAGAGACGAUGAACUAUACGAUUGUCAUAACAGGUGGUACAUGGAUUCUUUCAAUGGCUUACUAUUACGCCUACGCCCACAAGACCUUCAAGGGACCAAGAAGCACCGUUGAAGCCACUCCAACCAUCGAAGGAACAGGCGAGGAUACAGAUAAGAUAGAUGCUGCCUUCUACUCCGCGGAGAAAGAGAGCAUUUGA